GCGGUGCGGGAUGCGCUCCCGCCGCCGUGGGGGCGCCGGGCGGCCCCCCUGGCCCGUGUCCAGGAUGCUGGCACUGUGCCUGCUGUCCCUGGCCUGGCUCAGCGAGGGCUCCCAGCGCAGCGAGCCCAUGUUUGCAGCCGUCACCCACCGCCUCCUCCCGCCCGACUAUGACAGCAAUCCCACCCAGCUCAACUACGGCGUGGCUGUCACCGACCUGGAUGCUGACGGUGACUUCGAGAUCGUGGUGGCAGGGUACAACGGCCCCAACCUGGUGCUCAAGUACGACAAGGCGCAGGGGCGGCUGGUGAACGUGGCAGAGGAUGAGCGGGGCUCCCCGUACUACGCCCUGCGGGACCGGCAGGGCAACGCCAUCGGCGUGACAGCCUGUGACAUCGACGGCGACGGCCGCGAGGAGAUCUACUUCCUCAACACCAACAAUGCCUUUUCUGGCAUGGCGACCUACACAGACAAACUGUUCAAGCUCCGCAACGGGCGCUGGGAGGACAUCCUGAGUGACGAGGUGAACCGGGACGUGGCCAGCCGCUUUGCAGGCCGCUCCGUUGCCUGCGUGGACCGCACGGGCUCCGGCAGGUACUCCAUCUACAUCGCCAACUAUGCCAGCGGCAACGUGGGCCCCCAUGCCCUGAUUGAGAUGGAUGUGGCUGCCAGUGACCCUGCCCGCGGUGUCGUGGUGCUGGUGGACGUGGCCGCCCAGGCUGGCGUCAGCAAGUACACAGGCGGCCGUGGGGUGGCCGUGGGCCCCAUCCUGAGUGACAGUGCCUCUGACAUAUUCUGCGGUAAUGAGAACAGCCCAAAUUUCCUCUUCCACAACCGGGGGGACGGGACGUACAGGGACGUGGCGGCUGCUGUGGGGCUGGAUGACCCCUACCAGCACGGACGCGGUGUGGCGCUGGCUGACUUCAACCGGGACGGCCGAGUGGACAUCGUCUAUGGCAACUGGAACGGGCCGCACCGCCUCUACCUGCAGAGCGGAGCUCCCGGGCGCGUCCGAUUCCGGGACAUCGCCACCCCCAAGUUCUCCAUGCCGUCCCCCGUCCGCACCGUCAUCGCAGCCGACUUCGACAACGAUCAGGAGCUGGAGGUUUUCUUCAACAACAUCGCUUACCGCGGCUCCUCCGCCAACCGCCUGUUCCGGCUCAUCCGCAGAGAACACUCAGACCCCAUUGUGGAAGAGCUGAAUCCAGGGGAUGCACUGGAGCCAGAGGGACGGGGCACAGGAGGUGCAGUGACAGAUUUUGAUGGCGAUGGGAUGCUGGACCUCAUCCUAUCCCAUGGCGAGUCCAUGGCACAGCCACUCUCCAUCUUCAAGGGCACCCAGGGCACCAACAACAACUGGCUGCGCGUCAUCCCCCGCACGCGCUUCGGGGCGUUUGCGCGGGGGGCCAAGGUGGUGCUGUUCACGCGGCGCAGCGGGGCCCACCUGCGCAUCAUCGACGGCGGCUCCGGGUACCUCUGCGAGAUGGAGCCCGUGGCACACUUUGGACUGGGGCGUGACGAAGCCAGCAGCCUGGAGGUGACUUGGCCAGAUGGCCGCGUGGUGUCACGAGCUGUGGCGAGCAGUGAGACCAACUCUGUCCUGGAGAUCCCCUACCCUCUGGAUGUGGAGGAGCCACUCAUGCCUGCCCCUCUGGAGUGCGGGCAGGGAUUCUCCCAGCACGAGAAUGGACGCUGUGUAGACACAAAUGAGUGCACUGAGUUCCCCUUCAUCUGUCCCCGGGACAAGCCUCUCUGCAUCAACACCUAUGGCGGGUACCGCUGUCGCAGCAACAAGCGCUGCAGCCGGGGCUUUGAGCCAAAUGAGGAUGGCACAGCUUGCGUGGACAUCGACGAGUGUGCUCAGGGCUUGCACAACUGCAGCCAGCUGUGCAUCAACAGCCCUGGGGCACACAGCUGCCUCUGCCACCCAGGCUUCCGUCCCCUCGAUCCGGCUGCCAGCCGGUGCCUGGACAUAGAUGAGUGCCAGGCACAGCCUGGUCCCUGUGACCAUAUCUGCCACAACAGCUAUGGCUCCUUCCACUGCCACUGUCACCAUGGCUUCUCCCUGGGUGCUGGUGGACGCUGUUGGCACAAUUAGCCUGCUCUGGCGCAGCCAGGUGUUCCCUGCU